AUGGAUUUCAAUUCAAUCUAUCGCUCGCCUAGCUAUUCAGGCUCACCUUCGAGACGCAAUCAUCUGUAUGAUAAAUCUAUGGAAAGCGCAGGAAUGCCUGCCAACAAGACUGUGGAGGAAGGAUUAAAAGAUGAACAACGUGCAUCACAAAACAUAUUCGAAAAACAGGACGCUGAUUUUCCCAGUACAUUCAACGAUUUUGACACAUCAUUUUAUGAAGCCGUCGAGGAUCUAGUGUACGAUGCAGACAAAGAAAACGAAUUACGGCAAAGAGUCACACAAACAGGUUCUUUCGUAAGUCAAGAUUAUCCUUCGACUGCAACACAACAUAGGCUGCGAUCCUUCAGGAAUGAAGACGAGCAUGUUACGACCGAAGGGGCUUCGUACGAUACACCAAGAACCCUAUGGGAUGUAUUACGACCGUUCGCCUUUGUUGUCUUUCUGAGUUAUUGGGUUGUCCGGGAGCCGGUGGUGCGUUUCCUUGCUUUUAUCACGGUGCUGGUUACCACUGCGAUUGCUGAUCCUGUCUUUUACGUGUGGGAGUCUUUCUUUUCAGCCUACUACACACCCACUGCAAAAUAUCGAAUUUAUUUUAUACGUGCAUGCACCACAUUUGUGUGUCUCUUACUAGGGUUGAUAGGCUUGAAUUACGUUUAUGGCGUUUCAUGGAAGCAGGUGGGCAACAUUUAUACAGAUAUCAAAAGUAUGGCGCCCAGCCUGCAGAAAUUAGCAGAAAUGGAAAAAAAUCAAAUGAACGAGCGACAUCAUAUUCUGCAACUCAUAGAACAGCAUUCCUCCAAAGUGAUUCAACAAAAUGCUCCCUACUGGAUCGAACAACAGCUACAAAAGCAUAAAGUAGAUCCGUUGACAGACGAGUUGUCAAAAAAGACGCUUCCCUCGUUGAACAACAACGUAAGCCCUCUCGUUGAAGAGGAACCACCGUUUGACUACGCGUCACAUCAAUAUGGUGGACACAUCAUUCACUCUCAAACGAGCCAGUCGUUUGUGACGAGAAGGGCUAUCAAGAGAUGGAUACUCAGUGUGCAUUCUCAUCCAGCGGAUAAGAUUCUGAGCCAUAGUUUAGAGCCUGGUGAAUGUUGGUGGAUGGCAGGAUCCAUCGGCCAUGUGACGAUCAAGCUAGCAAGGCCUGUGAGGGUGGAUAGCCUUUCUAUUGGACAUCCUUCACCCUCGCAAGUACUCCAUAAAGAAAGUAUACCGAAACAAAUGGAGCUGUACGGCAUCGAACGCAGCAGCGGCAAACGCAUCUUUUUAACGAGUUUCGAAUAUGACAUCGAGAGCUAUCGCCAUCUCCAAAGGUUUGACUUUAACAAUGAAAUGAUUUUUCACGCUGUUGAACUGAGGAUACUCUCGAAUUAUGGCAGUAGUCAGUACACAGAGCUUUAUAGUGUUCGCAUUCAUGGAAAACAAUAA